AUGCUCAGCCAUUCUUCCAAGGUCGGGCCGAAGAGCAACCCAUUGCGGAAUAUGCUUGAGAGCGAUGAGGACGUGGGGGUCAGUCGUUGUCGUUCAACUGGUCAAACCUCCAAGCCUUUCCUGGGACAAGAUAUUAGCGUGUCCCGACUUUCCGCUACACUCGCAGCAUCUGACGCCCGCUCCGUUGAGCCUGGUCCCGCCUCGCCGGCGUACUGCCUGUGGACUGCCACGAUUUCACCUUGUGCUUGA